AUGGAAAUAGUCUUGCAUUACCGACCAGGCCACAGUGACCAAACAGCAUUGAGAAAAAUUGCAGAAGAAGCAGUAAAGGAAUUUCCUGUUCGGCAGCUCCCGAGAUUUAUACCUUGGUUUCCAGAUGAUUUGUGUGAACUUCCCCUUAAGCCUAAAAGAAAACCACCAGUUAUUUCUGGUGAAGAAGCAGAAGAAAUUAAACAACAUCUUGGAGCGUCGGAACCCUUUAUUCAUUCUCUGUGUUAUGACUGCGUAGCAGACCUUCAGGAGUUUCAUCCUAACUUGAAAACUGGACAGACUUUAACCCAGGCACAAACUACAAAUGGACACUUUGGUUCAGACAAUCCAGAAAAAGAAUCUGCAAAUGAAAAGCAAAAAUUAAGAAGGUCUUGGAGUGUCUCUGUUCCUAGAUCUAAACAUAAAGAAAAAAUUCUUCCUUUAUCUAGAGAACUGCAAAAUAAUUUAAAAAGACUAAAAAUACAUGCUUUUCAUAGAGCAAAAUGGUCAAUUGAGCAUUCUAUAUGUAAUAAUCAGACUCUGGAGGAUAUUUGGAUAAAACUGAACAAAAUGAUCAAGCAUAACGAAUUGCCAUCCUGCAAUGCUACAAUUCAGAGAGCUGUGGGCCAGAUAUGGGUUUUCUGUGACAUAUUGUACUCUGAAUAUGUUGGCAGUAUUCUUAGGGAAAGGUUAAAGCUUACUGGGAAAAUGAACUUGCUUGUACAUAAAUACGGAAGUAUAUUUAGUUUGUAA